AUGCAGCACACUCCCUCCCUUUUUGCGGUCAAGACCUACCGGUGGGCAAGGGCCUGGAACAAGUUGGACACUGCCUUCACCCUUGUGGAUGUACAUAAGAAAAUCAUCGAGAGAGACAUCGUGUCUACCGGUGUGUUUGAAGUCCUGGAGAUGCCGUACCACAUCCAGCCGGUGUCCAUGCCGAUGUCACUCGCACAGAUCGUGACACCCAUCAACCCAGAGAAGCCGACUGCAGCGAAGAGGUCGGUACAGACGUGGGUAGUGGUGCUGUCUGUAAUGAGUGGGCUAUUACUGCUGGUUCUAGCAGUUCUACUGUUGUGGAAGGCUGGUUUCUUCAAACGAAAGUACAAGCAGCUCAUGGACUACAAUGGCUACUUGGAUCCGGACGACGACGACGAUGAAAAUGACGUCAUUGCCUUUUGCAAAGAACGCUGGGAACAGCUGGUGUCCGGUUUCAUGUCUUGUUGGGACUGGAUGGACAGAAGGGUGACCAAUCUAAGGGACCGUUACUACUGAUCACGUGACUAUUGGGCAUUGCGAUUGGUCUAAACUGAACGGUCUAAAUGCUAAGUGUUUUGGUGGGAUGACAGUUGAGUAAAGUUAGCAGCCAGUUCGGAACGUAGACAUUCCUUAUCAGUUAUCAGCCUUGAGAAAAUUCUGCAAUAUUUUUACAUCAUAUCGCAAGGCUAAUCGUCUAAGGCUCUACGUUAUGGCCUUUCUUUGUUUCUUCCAAGGCUAUGUUAUAUAACAUGGUGGAUUAUGGCUAGAGCUAGACAAAUAGUUUGAUAUUAUCUUAUCUCGUGGGUAAUUUUGUGAAACAUUUCAUGAGACAUUAGAAGGCUACAAGAAGAAUGUGUGUUGAAAGGUCUGUGAUUAGCAGUUUUCUUUAAAUGUCAGCUAUAUAUCGUAUUGCCAUGUUGAAUCUUAGAAUUGCCUUUUCGUUAGCUUUACCUUUGGAAACAUUAUCACUCGAGAUUUUAAAGUGCUGCCGAGAACGAUUGUUGUUGCAUUUACAACGUAGUUUCAAAACUUUAGAUUUCAAGUUUGUAGAUGAAACAAAAUACGUUACAUUUCAACUAGCUUUACAUACUGUUAGAUGUAUUGGCUUACAAAAUAAACCAUUUCUCACGUGGUUUACAGAUGCAUUGUAAUGACGAGUAUGUAAAUCCAUCUGCAUGAUGAGCAUAUUCGAUAUUUACUUUGCAUACAAACAUUUGUGCGAUGUGCUUUGAAUGUAUCUUUUAAUAUCUCUAUUUGAUAGGAACAUCUGUGUUUGACUCUUUGCUAUCGCGAUACUUUGAGAUAUUUUGUCAAUGAAAUUGAAUUUUUAGGAACUUUCUGACUGAAAUGUCAGAUACUUGCUGAGUCUGAUUGUGUACUAGAUGCCUGCUGGUUCAGGAAAUAGUGGGGACAGCAGAACAGAGUCCUUGAACUUGCUUGAAAGUUGCUACAGGUGGUAUCUCGCUGCGCUUGGGGCACCGGUGCGGCACUGUAGGGUUCGUUCAUCGCGGCACUGUUGUAUUAUUUUAUCCGAUUUAUUCAUAAUGUAGAUAUUGCGUAAUACGUAAAACUACAUAUGACUUAGAAGACAACAAAAUACGCAAAAUGUAAGAAAAUUCGUCCUUAUCUCUGCAAUUCGUUGAGUAAUCUUUCGAACCCCGCAGUGCCGCACUGGUGCCCCAAGUGCAGUGAGAUACCACUUUAAUUCAGUAGGCUUUGAUAUUGUUGCUAUGGAUUUUUUAAUGUUUGUUGCGAUAAUUCCUAUCCUGAUCCUAAAAUUAAAAAUGUAUUCAAACUGUUUUGAAUA